GCGCAGGCGGGGGCCCUGCGGCCGAGCGGGGCGGUAACUGUCCGGCCGCGGGGAGGUGGGAGGGCCUGGCCCUGAGGCCGGAGACGGCGCGAGGCCGGAGCCUCCCCGCUGCCCGGCUCCGGGGUUGGGACUGGCUCGCCCCGCGCGGCCGCGGUGUCCUCACGGUUAGAAGAGCCAGGCCCUGUCGCUUGGUCCUCACGCGAAUGGGCUGUUGUCCCAUUUUGCAGACACGAAACUAAGGCUCAGAGUAGAGAGAGGAUUCUAGUUUAGUAUUUAAGUAUCUUAGUAUUUAAUAUCAGGAGAAAGUUUGCCGCACUGCCUUCCGUCUAUUAGUUUUAUUCAUUUCUUUUUCUUUCCUUAGAAAUUAAAAAUACAGAAAAAAAUUUUAAAAUUUCAGAAAAAUAGGUAUUAAAACAAUUUGCCCAGGGACACCCAGCAAGGUCAUGGCGGUGGGUUCAGUCCUAGGCCAUCGAAUCCAGCGCCCUUUCCACGGGGCCACUCCGCCUCACCUGUCAAGGGAGGGGGCUGAACUCUGGGAUUAGUGAAGGGAGGGACUGGAAAUUCUUUUUCUUUGCUGUGCUUUCUUUCUUUCUUUUGUUAAUCAGUCAGUCUCUUCUGCACCAUCCAGGUCAGAGCUAACAAGUGUUCAGAAGUUAAGUCAUGGAUCAACCUACGCGGAAAGAAAAAUCCAAAGUUAAAGAACCUGCCAGCAGAGUUGAGAAGGCCAAGCAGAAAUCAGCCCAGCAGGAGCUGAAGCAAAGACAAAGAGCAGAGAUCUAUGCCCUCAACAGAGUCAUGACAGAACUGGAGCAGCAGCAGUUCGACGAGUUCUGUAAACAGAUGCAGCCUCCUGGAGAGUGAGCCGCCCCCGCGCACAGAACCAGACAAGCCCCCCCGAGGCUGGCUUUUUCCAUGUGGUUCCCGUUUCCCUGAGAGGGUCCGCUUGGAACCUUACAGAACUAGACAAGAAGAUGUUUGCAUUAUUCCGGAAUGGGGAUAAAUCUGAACUUCCCGUAUGUCACUCCUGCUUCACUGGUUCCUUCAGUCUGAAUUGGCCCAGUGCUUGCUGAAGAGACUUGUGUUGUUCUUCUAAGACAACAGAUUUUUUUUUUUUAACUUUUUUCUAUUGCUUGAGAAAAAUCAGCAUUUCUCAUGAAACUGUAGAUCUUCUCCAAAAAUAUAAAUAAAAUACUAAGAAAAUG